CCGAAGUGUUGGCGGCAGCACUGAUGUUUGUUGUCUUCUUCAAAGAGGAAAAAUUGUGUUUUCUUGUGAAAUUCUGUGAUUUUCUCUUGAAGAAAUGGGCCAAAAUAGUAGUAUCCCCGAUCAGUUGAUGCAGAAUAAAGUUGUGAACAAUGUACACUUGGAAAUUGUCAAGCAUGCUAAGGUUUUCACGGAAAUCGGGCAGCUUUCCUACGACGAAUUCCAAGAAUGUGUCCGGGAUCUCAAUGAAUUGUCUAGGAAGUGUGUGGAUUCCCAGGGGAAUCAAUUGGUGUUUGCCGUGAAGCGUGGCAGUGAUUCCUCGUUGCUCUGGAAGGCAACUGUUCGGAUAGCUUGUGUUAAAGUCGCAGUAGAAUCCCGUUCAAUUGAGAGCUACAAAUUGCUCAAUCUCAAGGAUUUCCUCACGGUAUUCCGCACCUUCCAGUCACACGUGGAGACCCUGAUAGCUGUGGAGGAUCGGGAGGAAAGGAACAGAACAGCCUCGAUGAUAAUGCACGAAGUGGAGACAAUAACUCAGGCAGAAUCCCCUCCAGCAAACACAAAUGCCCAAGAAUCGGUCAAUGAGUGCUGUAUCUGCCUCGACAGGAAGCCAGAAGUCCUGCUUCCCUGUGCUCACACCUACUGCGUCCCCUGCAUCGAACAAUGGAAUGUCAACAACAAAUUCUGCCCAAUUUGCCAGGAAGAACUCACCAGUACCGACGAUACGUGGGUUCUAUCUGAGAUUCCGCCUUCCCAGGAAGUCUCUGAGCAGAUCUGCAAUGAGCUCAUGAAGCUGGCCAAAGAGUCCAAGUGAGGGCAGGAUCAGGCGGAGGGACAAUCCUCCGCUGAGAUCCCAUCUGACGAUGCCUCGGAAGAUUCCUGAAUCCCUAGUCUCAAAGGUAACUCCUUUUUGUAUUCCCUGUAUUUCCCAAUUUCAAAAGCCACCAAACUUAAAAAGCAUCCUUUUGGGAUUCUAUUCUUAAAAAAAACUUUUAUCUCUUACGCUUCGGAAAAGUCUCCAAAAAUUAAAUUUUUAUGUAGACAUUUUAUUGGGAUUUGUUUUAAAAAAGCAAUUGCCAAAAAUUAUAAAAUAAAAAUAAAUUGCAAAAUAAGACAGUU